AUGGGUUCCUGGAUCUCGAAUCAGGGAGGAAUGUCUGAAGAAGAACGUAAAAGGAGACAGAACUUGGAAGAACUACUUCAUAAAAUGAAAUAUAGCUUGAACGUGACAGCCUCUACUCACUAUCUAGCAGCGGCCCAUUACAGACAAGUUGAUACCUACCUUCAGUACGCGUCUUACAUUACAGGAGUGUUAGGGACAUCAGGAAGUGUUGGUUCGAGACUGGCGUGGAAUGUUCUUGCCACGAAGAGUCCUCGUCUCUCAGCCAUAUUUAUAGCUUCCGCCUCCGUAACGGCGCUUUUAUUCACAGUCGCUGUAAAUGUCCGCCAGUUUCCUAUUCCAAACUUGCCCAGUACGUUACAACAGUUAAACUUCAAAGCGGGGGUGGAAUGUCAAUACCUUGAAAGAAAAGUCCAGCUUUUUGCUGAAAGUGACGUUUGGAAUUCGUCUAUCGCCUGGGACACUCUUGCAUCAAGGUAUGAAAAUUUGCUGAAGGAAAAGAAGGAGAUUAAUAGCAGAAUACAAACGGAGGAGUGGGCUCACCGUAAGGCCUUGGAAAAGCGUAAGAAGCGCAAAAAAGAGAUGAGGCAGGAAAAAAAAGAACUCCAAGAUGAAAUGUUGACAGGACCAUAA